AUGGAGCCAAGAGAUAGAUCUACUUCAUUGACAUCACCACCCAAAGAAUCCCCAAAAGCAUUUUCAUACAAUGGAAAGCUAUUUACAAACAAUCCCAAUAAUUCCGACGUCACCGGAUCGGGCUCAAACUCGUCGAAUUCAGCACAUACAUCACCACCAAACAAAUCGAGAAUGAGAAGAUUAUCCCUGACUGUCUCUGUUUCCACUCAAAAAUACCUUGAGAAGAUGGGAAAGCAGACCACUACCGACACCAACGAUAUAAAAGAACUUAAAACUCUGCUGAAGGGUUUAAAGAAAGAUCUGAGAGGUAUCAAGAAACUUGGAAGACAAAUUACAAUCGAUGCACAAAAGGAAACAAGUGGUAAACAAUUUGGAGAGAUGUUGUUGGAGUUUGGAGAAGGUGCAUUAAAAUCCACAGAAGAAGGAUUGGCCAUGAGAGAGCUUGGCGAACAAAUUGUAAAUUUCGAAGAGAAUAGAAUGGAGGAGUAUACGAAUGGUUUGGGUGGAAUGAUUGAACCAAUGUUAAAUUAUUAUAGUACAGAUUUGAAGAAAGCAAGAGAAGUUAAAAGAAAACAAAAUUUAGUAAGAAUUAGAUAUGAACAGUCUUCACAGAAUUUAAUGGAGACAAAGAAAAAGAAUGAUAUUUACUCGAUGAAGACACUGAAUGCCCGAAAGAACGAGGAGGACUGCAAGACUGUCUAUAACUCUACGACCAAGGAGUUUAUCGAGGUGAUGAAGAGUAACAAGACCAAGUUUCAAGCGGAUUUGAGGAGUAUGAUAAAGGAGUUUGCCGAUAUGCAGACUCAAUACUAUCGCGAGGCCAUGGAGAACUGGGAAGACUUUUACGAUUCACUCGAUUCCAUCAUACCGGAUAAAGAGGAGGAAGAGGAGGGUGAUGAAGACGCUGGAGAGGAAACUGAUCAUUCUGAUGAAAAAUCAAAAUAA